AAACGUUAUGUUGAUGAAAUGACAUGUGUUUGGUAACGGUAGGUUUUGUUUUCUAAGGAUGGAAGGUGAACGCGUAAAGAAGCACAGUGGGAAGAAAAAGAAGCAUAGAACAUCUUACUCUGAUGAUAAUCGUAGUAGUGACGGCGAGAGACACUACAAACACGUGCACAAAAAAGACAAGAAACGUAAGCACCGUCACAGCGAUCAUACUAGUAUUCAGCAGUGUAAGCAAAAUGAUUCUGAAAGUGAUAGUGACAGGGAUGGUUAUAGAAAGUCGAUCUCCAGAAAGUCACAUCGAUCGAGGGAUGUUGGAGAAAGACAUAAACAUAAAAAGUAUACAGCAACAAGUCUUGAUGCUAAAGAAAAGGAAAUCCACAGAUCUGACAGGGAUCCUCAGAGGGAGAGUGGUCAUAGUAAAAAAAAUACAAAGAGAACACACUCACCUUCAACUUCUGAGGGUUACCACAGAAAUGUCACUUCAGGAAACAGACAGGAGCCUGAGGACGUUAAUUCUUCCAGGGGAUAUAGCAGUAGAAGGCGAUCACGUUCCUCUUCAGAUUCCGAACAACGUCAUUCAUCACAACAAGAUACAGCUGGAAAGAGUAGCAGUGAAAGUGAUGGUCCAAAGGAACCGUUUGAUUUUAGAAAACAUAGAUAUUCUCUUAACAAAAUCUUUUUCAAUGAAGAUGAUUUUAUCAAAAGGGAAACAAAGCAAUACGAUGAUUUUUGGACCUUCCUUGAAAAGUACCAAGCAUUUCAACAGAAAAAAGGCCAUCGGGAAAAAGAGGAGAGGAAAGAACCCAUAAAGGAGGGAAAGCUUGGUCUCCCCAGAAACUAUGACAAAAGAUACAGGAUAAAUGUUGCACUGACGAGUAAAGUUGUGGAAGAUUUUCUCAAAAAGGGACGACUAGUUGAUGCGGACAUAGCUAGGGAACUGACUGUCAAAAGAGUUAGUGAAUUCAGGAGCAUUCUGCUACACUACAUUGAUUUUAUACAGAAACAGAAGUUUAAUAAGCUGAAGAAGAUCAAGAAAGACCAGGAGAAUUUGCCGAUAUUUCAGUACAGACAAAGAAUCCUAGAUAUGGUCAACCAACACCAAGUCAUUGUAGUGGCAGGAGACACUGGUUGUGGCAAGUCUACCCAGGUGCCCCAGUACCUAAUGGCUGGAGGCUUCACCAACAUAGCAUGUACACAACCAAGAAGGAUAGCCUGCAUUUCCCUCUCAAAACGAGUAGGCUAUGAAACCCUCAACGAGUACGGCUCCGAGGUGGCUUACCAGGUCCGAUUUGAAAAGACAAAGACAAGAUUUACAAGGAUUCUGUUCCUCACAGAAGGCCUGUUACUGAGACAGAUGACCUCUGACCCCCACCUGAAGCAGUACAGUGUGAUAGUAAUAGAUGAGGUCCAUGAGCGUCACAUACAUACUGACUUCCUCCUUGGCAUCCUCAAGUGUAUGUUACGUCACCGUGACGACAUCAAACUUAUCCUGAUGUCAGCCACAAUCAACAUUCACCUCUUCAGCGGAUACUUUGAUGAUGCUCCAGUAGUUAAGGUACCUGGGAGAUUGUAUCCUAUACAACUAGAGUACUGCCCUAUCAGGCGAGACGAGGUGAACUCUCGUGCGGAGAGGCUGGAUCCCAGUCCAUACCUACGUGUAAUGCAGAAGAUAGACCACAAGUGCCCAGAGAAUGAGCGAGGUGAUCUUCUGAUAUUCCUGAGUGGUAUGACAGAGAUUAUGACCGUGGUAGAAGCUGCCAAGAUAUAUGCAGAGAAAACCAAAAAGUGGAUCAUUUUGCCUCUUCAUAGUUCUCUAUCUAUAUCUGAGCAGGACAAGGUGUUUGACAUUGCCCCAGAAGGAGUCAGGAAGUGUAUCAUAUCAACCAACAUAGCCGAGACCUCGGUGACCAUUGACGGUGUCCGGUUUAUAGCCGACUCUGGAAAGGUGAAAGAAAUGAACUUUGACCCCAAAUACAAGAUGCAGAAGUUACAGGAGUUUUGGAUCAGCAGAGCAAGUGCUGAACAGAGAAAAGGUCGAGCAGGUAGGACCGGUCCUGGUGUUUGUUACCGCCUGUACGAGGAGAAGGACUAUGACGAGUUCCAGGAGUUUGCUACGCCAGAGAUACAGAGAGUGCCCCUCGACUCCCUCGUCUUACAAAUGAUCUCCAUGGGGCUGCCUGAUGCCAGGAAGUUCCCGUUCCUGGAAGCUCCGGAGAUGAGUAGUAUCGAGAACUCGAUUAUUUUUCUGAAGGAACAGGGUGCGCUAAGAGGAGAUGAAACCCUCACACCGAUUGGUCAGAUGCUGUCACGGUUACCUGUUGAUGUGGUGAUUGGUAAAAUGCUCAUCAUGGGAUCAAUAUUCCAUAUCACUGACCCAGUACUGUCCAUCGCAGCAGCCAUGAGUGUCCAGUCCCCAUUUACUAGUAAAGCACACUCUGACCAUGAUGCUAUUUCUGCACGGAAACCUUUGGAGUCCGAGCAUGGGGAUCCUUUCACUCUACUAAAUGCUUUUGAUGAAUGGAUACAGGUGAAGGCUGAUGGUCGAGGGACAAGAAAGUGGUGUAAGAGAAGAGCCCUGGAGGAACAAAGAUUUUACGAGAUGACAAAACUCAAGGAUCAGUUUAAACAGCUGCUUCGGGAUCACAAUUUACUGGACAACACAGCACAGAGUGAGCGUUUCUACACAAGUGAUGAAAGACGUAAACAACAUGCAAACAGGAAGCGAUUGGGUCAACUGAAACGUGAGAACGCCAAUGAGUCAAAGAGGAGGAAGGUGCUGAAGCUGGAAGAUGGGGACUACACCAUCAGUGAUGGAGAGGAGGAUGACAAAGGAGAGGAUAUCAAAGACCUUGAGUUUCGUCUGUCACAUGACAUAGACAAACUACAUGAAACCUCUAACAAGAAUCGUAACUUUAGUCGCCGUGAUGUAAACCUCCUGAAGAUCAUCCUGUGUAGUGGUCUGUACCCACAGGUAGCAAUAGCUGACGACUGUAACAGUUACAAGUCUGACUCGGAACAGUCCUUCCACACCAAGAGUAAGCCGUUCAUCUUGCUGCACCCUACAAGUGUGUUUGCCUGCCACCCAGAUCUGCUACAGGUGGAAGAGUAUAAAGGGGACACAAAGACACCCAGGGAUCUCCAAGGCAAACUCAACCACAAACAUCAGCUUCUCACCUUUGUAUCGUUACUGGAGACUACUAAGCCCUACCUGAUGAACACAAUGAGGGUGCCUGCUCUACAGACCACCACCCUCUUCUCCAACUUCAUUGACACUAACUCAGACUGUACCAGACUUGUAUGUGAUGGUUGGCUUGAGAUCCGUUUUCCUGACGAGGAGUCUGCCCAGCACAUCAUGUCGAGUGUUAUACAGCUACGGGCCACAUGGCAGAACCUGCUCACCCUAAGACUGCAGGACACAUUUAAAAGCCUGGAUUCGGAAAAAAGGAUCAACCCAAGAGCAAGAAAAUUAGAAAAGCUACUUGCUGGAAAGCUAGCUGAGUAUUUGGCAAGUGAAGUUCCAUAUGCUGUGCGGCGUAUCAUGUCGGCUGAGUUGAAGAACUUGUACAAAGGUCCAGGACAGGAGGCCAACAGUAACAAGGAUAACACUGUAGUAGCAGGCUUGAUGGGCAGUGACUAUGGUGACAAGGAGCAUUCAACCAAAGGAGGAACUCAGAUCAAUUAUUACAUCACAUAUGACUGUUUAUUGGAUGACAGUUCGGCAUCAGUCUGGGGCGAGUAUACAAGUCACAUGGUCAAACACUGGACCUGUCCACGCUGUAACGCUAGUCUGCUGGUCAAUGUUCUGGAGAGGCUCCGCCAUGAAGCAGAGUGUCACAGUCAAAAUAUAGAGGCUACUAAAGAUGAGGACGAAAACGAUUUAAAGGAGGAGAAAGAGAGCCAGUUGAAUCAUAUGCGAAAGGCGUACCAUUGUUCAGUCUGUGAGAAAGACUACAACUUCACCACUACCGAGAUACUAAAACACAGACGCUCACAUGUCAACAGCUGACACGGGCACCUCGUUAUCUCAAAAUGUGGGAUUAUUGAUAGUUACAAACGUCAAAAUUGACGACCAUAUUGUGAGAUAUUCCGUUGGAAUAGAAAUAUUUGAAAUUAAAUGCAUUUUAUAUCUAAACAUCAAGUCAUCAUUUGUAAGAAGAAUGUGCUUGUAAUGGAUUUUGAAUCAAUUCGGGGAAAUUAAAAAAAAAAAUAUGCUGAUGUUCGGUAUUCCGGUAAUCAUGACUUAGAUGCCUCUCAUGAAUUUAAUUAUCAGGACUUACUAUAUAUAGCUAGUUGCUGACCGGGUUUAAUGCCAAUCCAACGAUCAAAAGAUCACCACGGAGUCUCUAAGGUGUUGGAACAUGAAAUAUUGUCAAAAAAGUAUCUACGAAACAAAGAACAUAAUUUGAAUGAAUUUAAUUCUUCAUAUUGCCUCCGUCUUCGUUAUAAAUAUCAGCAUAUUAAAUUGCAUGUUUAUGUUUUGAUUAAGGUUCAUGUCCUCGUAACGGCAAAGUUUAUACGAAAAAUGGAAGAAAAUGACCGGAAAUUAAUGCAGGAGAGAGAAAAAUACAAUCCCAAAUGUUUCAUUUGUUUUGUGUUUGUAUUUUUCAACGGCGCAUCGACCAGGCGAGUCAUUUAGAGCCAAAUAGCACUAAAGAAAGAGACAUUCACAAAAAUGAAAACUUCACAUCAAAACUAAGUAGAUAAGAAUAUGUAAAGAAUUGAGAAAUACAUGAACAACAAACCAAUUGGCUACAAAAUAUAUCAUAUUUUAUUGUACAGAUAAAUUGAGUGUAAAUAGUCAUAUAUGAAUUUAACAGGGACUAUCGAAUAAACUUUGCAUAGACGGUACAUCACAAAAUCUGUCA